CUCAACUGUCAAUAGAACCGAAAUCCCUUGACUUCACCACCGGCAACCCAACCGCGUUUCUUCCUUUUUCCGAUCUGAAGAAACGGUGGAGCGAUAACCGGUGGAAAACUCACUUCUUCCGGCAACGUUUUCGAUCGAUCGGAAGAAGAAGAAGAAGCCAUUAUUGCUUUUACGAUUUCUUUUCUUUUGAGCUACACAGAAACCUAGCUAGCAUGAGGUGAGGUGAGGUGAGGUGCUCUCCUUUUGCUUCUCUGUCCUCCUCUUCCUCAGAUCUGCCUGCUGGGAGAAGAAGAAGAAGGUCACUCGGUUUUGUAAGAUCUUUCGUGUUAGCUCAAUUUUGGUUUCUUAGACAAUAUGGCGACCAGGAACAGGACUAUCUUGUUUAGAAAGUACAGGGAUGCAUUGAAGAGCGUUCGAGCUCCGUCUAAUUCUUUUUCAUCGUCUUCUUCCGCUUCUGCUGGUCCAGUCAUUGAAUUAUCUAAUGUUCCUUUUAUCAAACAAAAUCGAUCUUAUGUUCCCUUAAGCACUGAUGAUCCUGCUGCUGGCUCCAGUGGAGGUGCACUUACUGUGGGUCUACCUCCGGCUUGGGUUGACAUAUCUGAAGAAGUAUCUGCUAAUAUCCAACGCGCACGUUCAAAAAUGUCAGAGCUCGCUAAAGCUCAUGCCAAAGCUUUAAUGCCUUCAUUUGGAGAUGGUAAAGAAGAUCAGCGAAUGAUUGAGUCUCUUACUCACGAAAUAACAGAUCUUUUGAGAAAGUCGGAGAAGAGAUUAAAGAGACUUUCUGCUGCUGGUCCCUCUGAGGAUUCAAAUAUUAGGAAGAAUGUACAGCAUGCUCUAGCAACCGACCUUCAGAACCUUUCAACAGAACUUCGAAAGAAACAAUCAAAUUACUUGAAACGGCUUCAGCAGCAGAAAGAGGGUGCGGAUGGAGUUGACAUAGAAAUGAACUUAAAUGGGGCCAAAAGGGAAGAUGAUGAGUUUGAUGACCUUGGGUUUAAUGAGCAUCAAAUGGCGAAAUUGAGGAAGAACGAGGCAUUUAAUGUCGAAAGAGAAAAGGAAAUCCAACAGGUGGUGGAAUCAGUAAAUGAGCUAGCUCAAAUAAUGAAAGAUCUAUCAGUUCUCGUGAUUGAUCAGGGCACAAUUGUAGACAGGAUAGACUACAAUAUCCAGAAUGUUGCUGCAUCAGUUGAUGAAGGCCUUAAGCAGCUUCAGAAGGCUGAGAGAUCUCAGAAACAAGGAGGGAUGGUGAUGUGUGCGACGAUUCUCAUAAUUAUGUGUGCGGUUAUGUUAGUCCUUCUAAUCCUCAAGACAAUACUCUUCUAAUUCUCGCAAACAAGUGGGAAUUUUGAAAUCCCAAGGUUAGUUCAACUUUACUAGUGUGCAUUUGUUUGUAUCCUCUUCGUCUAUUACAGAAUUAUCAUUUUCAUUAUUAUUAUCAUUCCUUCUUUUCCAUGGAGGAAGAGAUUGAGAGGCGACUAUACAUACAGAAGAAUGAUGGAUUAAUCACUUUAGAUUUAGGAGAUUUAUAAAUGAAAAAAAAUUAAAAUUUUUGUUGGGAUUGAUUGUAUAGUAGUAAUAGAAUAUUAUACUUGUUUGAA